CAGAAGCAACACUCCCAUAAUCCCGAAGGAUAAAAGGGAAGCAGGGCUUUGCCAUAAACUCCGCUCUACCCGCCCCUCCUACUUCUUUUCACCAACAUCAACAUUAAUUCAGCCUUCGCUGGCAAUUGCUUUCCCAGACCCCCUCCACCGUUACUCCUCAGAGGGAGGGGAGGAAAGGAGGAGGGGGAAGAGAUGCAUCUUGUAGGCUAAAGGCUGGGAGCCUUCGUCCCUUCUAUUGAGAACACCGGCUUGUGUGGGGAAGGUGCAUGUUUGGUUGCCAGUGCCCGAGGAAGAAGAAGGGGACUAUGACAAUGAUGCGCUUGCGGACUGCCAGCCUGCGAUCCUUAAAUCUGGACAUGAGAUGCACCAUCCGUUUGCUGGACGAUACGGAGAUCUCGUUCAAUAUUCAGAGGGACACCAAGGGACAGUUUCUCCUAGACUAUAUUUGCAACCAUUACAAUCUUUUGGAAAAGGAUUACUUUGGCAUUCGCUUUGUUGACCCAGAGAAACAGAGGCACUGGCUCGAUCCCAGCAAGCCUGUUGCCAAACAGAUGAAAUCUCAUCCACCAUACACCAUGUGCUUUAGAGUGAAAUUCUACCCACAUGAACCAUUGAAGAUUAAAGAAGAGCUCACCAGGUAUCUUUUGUAUUUACAAAUCAAGCGAGAUAUUUUUCAUGGUCGGCUACUUUGCUGUUUUGCUGAUGCUGCUUUUCUGGGUGCCUGUAUUGUGCAAGCUGAGAUUGGAGAUUACGAUCCUGAUGAGCAUCCUGACAAUUACAUCUGCGACUUCAAGAUAUUCCCUAAACAGUCACAGAAGUUGGAGAGAAAAAUCGUGGAAAUUCAUAAGAACGAGCUGAGAGGUCAGAGUCCGUCUGUUUCUGAAUUUAAUUUGCUGCUGAAAGCACAUUCCUUGGAGACAUAUGGGGUUGACCCUCAUCCCUGCAAGGAUUCUACAGGGACCACUACAUUUCUCGGAUACACUGCCGCAGGCUUUGUCGUUUUUCAGGGUAAUAAAAGAAUACACCUAAUAAAAUGGCCAGAUAUCUGCAAAAUGAAGUUCGAUGGAAAGACUUUUCACGUUGUUGUAAUGCAGAAGGAGAAAAAAAAUAUUCUAACUUACCAUACCUCGACACCAGCAGCCUGCAAGCAUCUAUGGAAAUGUGGGGUUGAAAAUCAAGCCUUUUACAAGUAUGCAAAAUCAAGUCAAGUAAAGACAGUAACAAGCAGCAAUAUCUUCUUUAAAGGAAGCCGAUUUCGAUAUUGUGGAAAAGUCGCAAAAGAAGUAGUAGAGGCAAGUUCAAAAAUCCAGAGGGACCCCCCAGAAGUGCAUAGGUCACUCAUACCACACAGCCGCAGCUCCUACUCCUUAAACAAACAGCUUAUAAUCAACAUGGAACCUCUGCAACCUCUAAUACCAUCUCCAAAUGAGGAGGAGGAAGAGGAAGAAGAAGAGAAUCAAAUAGAUGAAGGUAUCCUGCUUUUACAGCAAAGUGAGGCUAGUUCUGCCCCAGUGUUGGGCAAUUCCCCUGCCAGAGGCUUAGAGACUACAGCAGAUGUGACACAUGAUGAGGAAGAGAGUAUCAGAGAGGAGCCCCUAACUAUCUCAGAGCAGGUGUAUAACCCAAGCGCCAGCUUGUUACCCACCCCAGUAGAUGAAGGCAUUGAUAUGCUCUUCAACAGCCCCCUCAGGGCAGAGAGGGAGAAGGACGAUACUGAUUCCUUUGAGGAUUUAGAGGCAGAUGAACAUGCAUUUCUGAUUGCAGAAGAAGAAGAGAUGAAAGAGGCCAGGAAAGCGCUAAGCUGGAGCUACAAUUUCAUUAUGGGAAACAUGCAGCUCAACGCCUUUCUGAAGAGCUUCUCCAAGCUUCUGCUGGCAGCCAUUGGCUUGCUUAUGGUGGUCCUCCCUCUCCUCCUCAUUCUGCUGGAAUCCGACAUUGAUGUUUCUUUCCUACGUGAAAUCCGCCUGACGCCAGAAUUUGAGCAGUUCCACCAUGAAUACUACUGUCCUUUUAGGAAGUGGGUAGCCUGCAAAUUAAGUGCAGCGCUAAACCUGUUUGGCAGCACCUAAAUCGGUCCACGUACUGACUGAGGAUUAUAUUCAAAUUGAAACCCUCCAGUGGAGUCGCUAUUUGUACUUUCCCUGGCUCCACGGUACCAAAAAGUGUGUGCAAUGUACAUUUUUUUAAGUUAACUGCUUUUUUACUGUAUAGUGGGCAGUUCUGUAUAUAUUUUUUUAGCUGCAAAUAUUAAGAAAUGGAGGCGCAACAUGAUGACAGUUUUGAAGAUGUACAGGAGGCAUGUCAGAUGUAAGGUCCUCAGCCUCCUGAUAGGUCAAAUGUAGGACCCUAAGUUUGGCAUCCAUGAAAAGAUAACUUUGAAUAUAAACCUCAGUGCAAAGUUCCCUUAAGUAUAAUGGCACAUAGGGAGAUUUGCUGCCCCAGUCAUGUCCUGCUUCUAGGGAGGGGGACAAUACACUGCCAGUUUCCCCCUCCAAUCAGAGUGCAUGGGAAACUUGCCUUGCCCUGCUUAGUAAAAGGUGCAUAUUACUCCAAAGAAUAUGUGGAUCUGACAGUGCUUGUUGCUAAGCAGGAUUAUGGUGUUUCCCAUUCUCUUUGGCUGGGUGGGAGAUUGGCAGCACUUUGUCACCCUCCCUUGCAGCAGGAAAUCCCUAGGGGGUGAGAAAUUGCUGCCAGUCUCCCCAUGUGCCAUUACCCAAACUCCUUCCUUCCAGAGAGGCCUGUGACACAAUGCAAACCAUAAAAAUGUUGAUGCAGGCCUUUGUGCAGUUGAGGGGUUACCCAAUGCCUAUACAAGCAACAGUUUUGCUGUUUUUAUUUUUUUCUUAUAUUUUUAUGUGUUCAAAUAUUUUGGUAAAUUUGUAGCAAAUAAAUAUGUCUUCUUAACUUA